AUGGCUCAAGCAAUUGGACGACCUUCAAGUCGCUUCAUAAAUAUAGUCCAUGCUAUCACGGACGUCACAAAGUAUCAACCAGUGCUAUACUGGGCGAAGACUGAAGCUUACCAUGCUCGGCUCUGCCAGUGCGCCAUCGAGUCACUACCGGAGGAAACGACCGUCUUCCUACCAUUAGGCUGCAAGGGCAAACUAGCAUUCUUUGAGUUCUAUAUAUAUCUGUUUUUGAUCGGGAUUGGAGGGAACAGAACAUCAUGGAGUCGAUCUCAAUCCAUCGACCGCAGAUCCAUUGGUGCUGCCCUGAUGAUCCAGAUUGAGACUGUUUGGAGUUUGGAGGCGUACCGGAGGGCAUGUCAACGCAGCCGUAGAUCGCACCUGAAAUCCGCGCUGUCUUUAUCGAUGUUAGCUGGUGAGAACCAUCUCCGCGCGUUGCUCCUUGCGCAAGUGGGUGUACAGUAUUUGCAUACGGCACCUGCGCAUGCUAUGGAGACGUUGGCCGUGUACGAGACGCUUGGCACUGGGUUGGGCUCGAAGCAGGAGAGAAGGAGCCAGAACCCAUCAUUUGUCACGGCAAUGCUACCAGUACGAUUGCUGAGUAUUUUCGCCGACACUUUUGAGGGCGGCCGCGCGAGAUUAAUCGUGCUGCAAGAGGUUUAUGGUACCACCAGAUGUAUUCAGCCUCCUGGUGAUGGGGGAGUCGCAAAUUUCAACAGGCGAUGCCGCGAUGGAAAAGGCCAAGAGAAGAGUCAUCAACAGGGAUCCAAUGAUUGA